AUUUCAAAGGAAAGAAAAGUAAUACAUAAUUCCCUAGUUCAAAGAUUAGAUGCAAUUCUCUGUCCAAAACUCAACUCGAUCUGCACAUGUUUCUACAUUGCUCUUUUCUGAUUUCCGUACAACGCGCGCUGGCAGAGAAGUGAGGGGGCCAGCUAGCUAUCUGGUAGUUUUGCUGGGAAUAGCCGGGUAGUGUUUAUCAAUUACUGUGGAUAUAGUCACCUAUAUCCCACUGCCUUGACAAAUCGAGCUGGCUAACAAGCUAACCUCUACGCACCAGGGAGAUCAAAUAGCUUAUCUAGCUUAUUCUUUGACGUUGUUUUUUUUCUUUCUGGGGUAAAUACAUUAUUUUUGAUACCGCGGACCGGGCCUGAGUAACAUCGGAUGUGAUGUCCAGCUCCCCGCUGUCCAAGAAGCGUCGCGUGUCAGGAUCCGAGACCAAGACGGUGCCACACUGCUCCUCCUCCUACUCUGUCAGAAGUCAACCGACCCACACUCCUGAGAACGGCAUGGCUAACAAUGGCAACGAAGCGGAGAUCGAUGAAGGCCUCUACUCCCGGCAGCUCUACGUGCUCGGACACGACGCCAUGAAGCGCAUGCAGAACUCCAACGUGCUGAUCUCGGGCAUGCGGGGCCUGGGCGUGGAGAUCGCCAAGAACGUCAUACUGGGCGGCGUGAAGUCCGUGACCGUCCACGACCAGGGCGCCGCCGAGUGGAGGGACCUCUCCUCGCAGUUCUACCUGCGCGAGGGGGACCUGGGACAGAACCGGGCCGAAGCGAGCCAGCCGCGCCUCGCCGAGCUCAACAGCUACGUGCCGGUGACCGCCUACACCGGGCCGCUCACCGACGACUUCCUGUCCGCCUUCCAGGUCGUGGUUCUGACCAACUCCGGCCUGGAGGAGCAGCUGCGCAUUGGAGAGCAGUGCCACAGCAAAGGCGUCAAGCUGGUCGUCGCGGACACGCGGGGCCUCUUCGGGCAGCUGUUCUGUGAUUUUGGGGACAUGGUCGUGUACGACACCAACGGUGAGCAGCCCCUCAGUACCAUGGUCUCCAUGGUCACCAAGGAUAGCGUGGGUGUGGUGACGUGCCUGGACGAGGCUCGGCACGGGUUCGAGAGCGGUGAUCACGUGACUUUCAGUGAGGUGCAGGGCAUGACCGAGCUGAACGGCUGCAAGCCCAAAGAGAUCAAAGUUCUGGGUCCCUACACCUUCAGUAUCGGCGACACCAGCGAGCUCUCGCAGUAUGUGAGAGGAGGCAUCGUCUCCCAGGUCAAGAUGCCCAAGGAGAUGAGCUUUAAAUCCUUGUCGGCCUCCAUGUCGGCUCCCGAGUUUGUGCUGACGGACUUCGCCAAGUUUGAGCGACCGGGCCAGCUGCACGUAGGAUUCCAGGCCCUGCACGCCUUCCAGGACAAACAUGGCCGCCUCCCCAAGCCCUGGAACCAGGCGGACGCAGAUGAGCUGGUGGGCCUGGCCAACACCGUAAAUGCCUCUCAGUCAGACGGGGCCAAACUGGAGCAGCUGGAUGAAGGUCUGCUGAGGAAGCUAGCCUACCUGGCCGCAGGUGAUCUAGCCCCAGUCAAUGCCUUCAUUGGGGGCCUGGCUGCGCAGGAGGUCAUGAAGGCCUGCACAGGGAAGUUCAUGCCCAUCGUGCAGUGGCUGUAUUUUGAUGCGCUGGAGUGUCUGCCCGAGGCCGACGGUGCGACGCUGUCUGAGGAGGAGUGCGCCCCUAGGAACGGUCGCUAUGACGGCCAGAUUGCUGUGUUUGGUACCAGGCUGCAGGACGAGCUGGCCAAGCAGAGAUACUUCCUGGUGGGAGCGGGUGCCAUUGGCUGCGAGUUGCUGAAGAACUUUGCUAUGAUUGGCUUGGCCAGCGGCGAGGGCGAGGUCAUCGUCACCGACAUGGACACCAUAGAGAAGUCCAACCUGAACCGGCAGUUCCUCUUCCGUCCCUCAGACGUAACGAGGAUGAAAAGUGAAACUGCAGCAGCUGCAGUCCGGCAGAUGAAUCCGUCCAUCCGCAUCACCGGCCACCAGAACCGGGUCGGACCCGACACCGAGAAGGUCUACGAUGACGAGUUUCUGGAGGGGCUGCACGGUGUCGCCAAUGCCCUGGACAACGUCGAUGCGCGUAUGUACAUGGACCGCAGGUGUGUGUACUACCGGAAGCCGCUGCUGGAGUCGGGCACGCUGGGCACUAAGGGCAACGUGCAGGUGGUCAUCCCCUUCCUCACAGAGUCCUACAGCUCCAGCCAGGACCCCCCGGAGAAGUCCAUCCCCAUCUGCACCCUCAAGAACUUCCCCAACGCCAUCGAGCACACGCUGCAGUGGGCUCGUGACGAGUUUGAGGGUCUGUUUAAGCAGCCAGCGGAGAACGCCAUGCAGUACCUGACAGACCCCAAGUUCAUGGAGCGGACGCUGAAGCUGCCGGGGGCCCAGCCACUGGAGGUGCUGGAGGCGGUGCACCGCAGCCUGGUGGUGGAGCGGCCGCGGGACUGGGCCGACUGCGUGGCCUGGGCUCGCAACCACUGGCAGUGCCAGUACAGCAACAACAUCCGGCAGCUGCUGCACAACUUCCCGCCCGAACAGCUUACCAGUUCUGGUGCCCCCUUCUGGUCAGGUCCGAAGAGAUGUCCCCAUCCUCUGGAGUUCAGCACCAGCAACGACCUGCACAUGGACUACGUCCUGUCCGCGGCCAGCCUGUUCGCCCAGACGUACGGCAUCGCCCCGUGCCGCGACCGGGCGGCCCUGGCGCGCCUGCUCAACGAGGUGGACGUGCCCGUCUUCACGCCCCGCUCCGGCGUCAAGAUCCACGUGUCCGACCAGGAGCUGCAGAGCGCCAACGCGUCCGUGGACGACUCCCGCCUGGAGGAGCUGAAAUCCCAGCUGCCCAGCACGGAGGCGGCCACCCAGAUCAGACUCUUCCCCGCUGAGUUUGAGAAGGACGACGACACAAACUUCCACAUGGACUUCAUUGUGGCAGCGUCCAAUCUCAGAGCAGAGAACUACGACAUCCCACCUGCUGACCGGCACAAGAGCAAACUGAUCGCCGGAAAGAUCAUCCCGGCCAUCGCCACGACGACGGCGGCGGUGGUGGGCCUGGUGUGCCUGGAGCUCCUGAAGCUGGUGCAGGGGCACCGCCGGCUGGAGUCCUACAAGAACGGCUUCAUGAACCUGGCCCUGCCCUUCUUCGCCUUCUCCGAGCCAAUCGCCGCGCCCAAACACAAGUAUUACGAGACGGAGUGGACGUUAUGGGACCGUUUCGAGGUGAGGGGGGUCCAGCCCAGCGGGGAGGAGAUGACGCUCCGGCAGUUCCUGGAUUACUUUAAGAACGAACACAAGCUGGAGAUCACCAUGCUGUCGCAGGGCGUGUCCAUGCUCUAUUCUUUCUUCAUGCCGGCUGCCAAACUCAAGGAAAGGCUGGAGAUGCCGAUGACGGAAAUCGUGACCAAAGUUUCCAAGAAGAAGCUGGGGAAGCACAUCGGCGCUCUUGUGUUUGAGCUGUGCUGUAACGACGACACUGACGAGGACGUGGAGGUGCCCUACGUCAGAUACACCAUUCGCUGAGACGGCCGGGGGGCGGGGCGGGGGGGGCGGGGCUGGG